AUGGCUUUGGUUCGGGAUGCAAUUUAUAAACCGCCAUUAAAAUUCUAUCAGAUUGUUAAAAAAGAAAUCGAUGGUUUCAAUUUGAAAAUAGUCAAGAGAUUAUUAAUUAAAUUUGAUCCGUUUAGAAAAGAUGUUAAAGAAAUCAGUAACUUUAUACAUAAAAAAGAAGUUCAAGAAUCGAAUCCAAAAUUACAAAUUAAAACAGAAAUAUUAACGGAUAGAUCGGAGCAAACUAUAACAUUCGAUUUAACAAAUGGUCAAACUUUUAUUUUCAAAUGCGCCAAUUUAAAAUCGUUGGAAAUAUUAAGAUUGAUCAACACUCACAUAACUCCAUUAUCACCCGUGGAAGAACCUGUUGACAGUGAAGGGUAUAAUCUUAAAGUUAUCGAUUCAUUGUAUAGUCAAGUGCCUGCAUUUACUGAUAUUUUCGACGAGGAAACUUGGUAUAUUUUUGCAUUUUGCUUCGUUGUCGGCACAGUAAUUGUAGCAUUUAUCAUUUCACGAUUUGUAACUAUCAAACCAGUCGAAUAA